AAAAGCACAGGAUGCCGAAAAGAAAGGAUGCGGCAACGGAUGAAGAGGACGAUGAGUAUCGUAAAAAGCGUGAUCGGAAUAAUCAGGCCGUAAAACGGAGCCGAGUGAAAUCGAAAAUGAAAACGGAAGAAACACAGCAGCGGGUGAACGAGUUGCGGGUGAAGAACCAAGUGCUGGAGGACAAAAUAGACACCCAGAGGAAGGAGCUUAAGUUUUUGAAGGAGCUCUUCCUCACUCAGGCGCAGGCAAAGGCCGACAAAUUGACUGGCGUUAAUUUGAACGAAUUGUUGCAAUGUUCGGACGAGGAGGAAGGAAGCGAAAGGGAGACCAGUACCAGCAAGCGUUCCAAGGAUUCGUCCAAAGGCGAAAGCAGUGGCUCGAGGAAGAGAUCCAAACGGUGAACAGAGAGAGAGAACCGGAUACAUCCGCCAGCGAUAGGUUAAACCUUUAGAAUCUGUUUCAUAUAGCGCGCAGUAGAAGCUCACAAUUGUUUCUGAAAACAUGCUUUGCGCCAUUCUGGGUCAAUGGACAGUUUUCCGAUAAAAAAAGGGUAAAACACAUACCACAAAAAGUACUUUUAUCCAAUAAUGACAAAAAAAGUUAAACAAAGGUAGUCUUUGAGGAUCAUUUUGCCAUUAUCGCGCGAGGUUUAAAGUCAGAAUCAAAUUCAAUGGGUCAUGGUUUAACACUUUUGGUUUCUAUUGUAGCAUUGUGAAUCUAAGACUUAAAAGAACACAGAAUAUAUAAUUACAUUUUAGCAUCCAGUCUUCACACCGGCCGUGUGGCCUAAUGGAGAAGGCGUCGGACUUCGGAUCCGAAGAUUGCAGGUUCGAGUCCUGUCACGGUCGCGCUCGAUAGAACUUCUUUUUUUGUUCAUUUCUGCACAUGUUUUUGCCACUUUCUUCAUCGUUUAUUGUUUUUAAAAUAGACUCUGUUAUCUACGUAUUGAUAAGAAUAUUAACUGAUCCCCUGUUAUGUAUGAGACAUUAUAUCACCUCCCCGCACCAAAUAUAGCACGUGUUAAUAGCGUUCAUUUAUCAAAAGCCGACCCGUUUUCGGCGCAGAAUCUCCGCGGGUUAAUCUCUUUCCAUGCUCAGUAACGCGCAAUGAUAGCGUCCAGCGGUUUACGGUGCAAAUCUGGGACCGUGCAAUCUUCC